AUGGGAAUGCGACGGCUACAGCGACUGGAGCGCUCACGAGACCAGCCGAUCCCGGGUUAUUACGAGUUAAUCGAUCCAGGUCCUUCCGGCCUGGACGUGUCGAGAUUCCCAAUCUCCUGGCCGGCUCGCAUGCAGAAUGCUUGUGCGAGUAGCGGUCGAGGACCCUGCUACGCUAGCAUAGAUGAUGUUCAUACUCGACCGACGCAAGCAAUUGCCGAGAUACGGAUCAUCGUCGAGCUCUGGGCUGUGAAACACCCGCCCACGUUAAAGACAGUCCUUGCUAACUACAAUCCCGGCCAGUCUCAUUCCUCAUCCAAGGACGCCAGUGCCAAUGCGACAAGCGGCUCAGUUGAAGACGUUACGGUGGUAUCCUCUCAAGCCUCUGUUGGGAUAAGCCUCUUGCAGCCUCCGUCCUUGGUUGCUGGCGCUGGCGCUGGCGCUGGUGACAGCUCACUGGCGACGACAGCGCACAAUGGACCAAAAUGA